GCUUCGUUCUGGUCCUCGCCAAGCACAUCUCUCCAGCAACUCCGGUCCCGGUCCCGGUCCCGGCCCUGUCGCUCCCGCUCUGGCAACGUGGAUCAGCUCCAAGACGAUCGCACCCAGGCCCGCCAAGCCGUCCUGGACCCAUCUGCGGCUGCUUGUCCAGCCCGACGAGGAAUGAGAGCCUGGACUCGUCCGCAUGCACCCUCCGAAAGCAACCCAAUGGCAUUCUCCCAGAAGCCCUCACCGAUCGACUCGUCGCCGAGAAGUGCCUACCACCCAAGCAUCAACGCGCCUCCCUUUGGCGUCCCAGCUAUCGAAUCGCCCAUCACCCAGCUUCGGCGAGGCUACAUUUCGGCGCAGAGAGAACUAGACCAUCGCGAUGAAGAGUGUAUCAUAGCAGUCAAGAUGUGCCAGAACAUCUUGUCGGAGAUGGAGGAAAUUGCCGAUAACAUCCGAGCACUCGAGUCGUCAUAUGUGACCGCUCUUCGUGAGGGGUCGGCGGAAGCGCUCGAUCGCAGCCGCCCCGUACCGCCAUUGUCGCCCAUCAGCCGCGAGGUCACAACGCUCUCGGCCUCGCUCCGCGACUUGAUGCAGACGCUGACAAAGUCUAACGACCAAAACACAAGCCGCCGAAAGAGCAGCGCGCCUAAUCUGCAGCUGGCUCUGCUGAACCUGCCCCUGAGCAUUGCAACCGACCAGCCCAGACUAUCCUCGCCGCUUGCCAGUCACUCAGACGCCAACAACGACGACAACGACGAUAACGACGAUAACGACGAUAACGACGAUAACGACGAGGCCGAUGAGUACGACGACGACGACGACGACGAUUCGGAGGAUGACAUCUCCAGCUCACGACAGCACAGCGCAAAGAAAAGUACUCCGUCAGAGCAAAGCGACCACGAUCGGAGCUCCUUGGGCCAGAGCAUUCUUGGGCUUGACGGGUCGAGUUCGCCGCUCCAGACUCCUCCUCGCACCGAAUCGCCCCUUGCGAAUGAGCAGUCGGCCGUGUCCGAGAGCGGUGCGGUUCCCACGGGCCGCGGCAGCAUCGUUGACAGAGCCCCGUCGGUCCGAGUGAACAUCCAGGGGCUAUCUCAGAAAGGCGACAAGCGCACAGGCACACACACCGAUCUUCCUCCGCUCCACGGGACGGCCCGCACCGCCAAGGAACUGGACCAGCAGAACGGCUUGAGCAAGCUUGAUGUCAGUCUACUCGAGUACGCGCGUUCCUUCCAGCAGAGUCUUAUCGAAGCCCAUGUGCAUCUCAACGAAACCCUGGACAUGGUCGAGUUUCUGCAGGAACAGGUGGAUGGCUUGAAGGAGAAGCGUGUGCAGGAUUUCGAGACCCUCAGGAAAAUGGACGAGGAGAUCUACAACCUCGAGAUGAUGCAGCAAGAAUACGAGGAGCGGGUCAAGGACUUGGAGGCUACCCUGGAGAAGCGAACCAGCGAGCUCGCGCUUCUGAAAGAAACAAAUGCCCGACUCAAUCUCCAGGUCGAGGAGAUGCACGCCAAAGAAGAGAGCAUCAUGGAAACCCAGGAGUACCUCAAGAACCGCCUGUCGACCCAGGUCGGCAAGGCCCAGAUUACUAUGUCCGCCCUGAACCGAGAAAAGGCCGAGCUGGCCCGGAAGCUGGAGGAGCAGACCCGCGAAGCCGAGCGUCUCUUGGCCGUGUGCACCUCGCUGAUGCGCUACAACCUGUACCAGUCCCAGAACGAGAGCCAUGUCCAGAGCCUGCUCGAUAUGGACGAGUCCAUCUUCUCGGACGUGCCCAGGACCCUUGAGGACCAGGGCAUCUUUCUGGAGAACCUCAAGGCGGCGCUCGCACACGCCCGCGGUGAGAUCCGCGACCUCGAGACGGUCAAGGCUUCCCAGGCCGAUGAGAUCAAGGCCCUGCAUGAAGAAAUUGCCCGGCUCAAAGAAAACAUGGCCUCGUUCGAGCUUCUCUUGAGCCAGACCCGGUCCCCCGGUCGCGAGCGGAGCGCCAGCGAAAUCAGCGAGCUUGGUGUGGGCACAAACCCAACCUCGGCCUCCUCGGCAUCCGAUGUCCACUAUGUGUCUCGUCGCCGGCACUCUGGCAAGGCUUCGAGAGGGAACGUCAGCCCGCUUACCUCGCUGUCGUACACCCGCCAUCGACGCAGCUCGGGCGCUCGCAGCAAGUACGAAUCCAGUGUGUCAAACGUCGAGGCUCUCAAGAAAAACCUCGUCACGGGCUUCACGCGCGAGUAUCUGCAAUCCGACAGCCCCAAUCUUGUCUCGGAAGACCGGCGAGGCGAGCGCCUGAGCUUUGGGUCCAUUUCCCUCGAGGGUCGUCGCAAAUCCUCGCUCCUCAGCGUACCGCCGUCGUUGUUUGUCCCUCCAAGCUCGCUGCAGUACGCCGCUUCGGCGAUGACGACCGAUGACAGCGACACAUCCUCGCUGAGCGACCGCUCCGAGGGCAGCCUGGAGGAAGCCCCUGUCCACGAGAAUCUUCUCUCCGAUGAACUCAACCGGUGGCGAGUCAAGGGCAACCGUCAUAGUGAUAUCUUUUUCCGUGACCCGCUUCGGUCCGGUGGCCUAGGCGAAUCUGGCGAUCGCUCCCAUCGUGCGUCGGUGCUAUCGCACGGCACGUUUCGUCUGUCGGCAGCAGCCCCUGAGUCGACAGCUGCCUCCCAAGCACUUGUGCAGCGCGAGGACAAGGAUACACAGACGCCGUCCGAGUGGGAUGAUGUUGUCGAGAAGCCGGCAGCCGCUCUCGUCACCCGCCACCGGCCGAUGCAGCCGUCCAUUACCGAGAUCUACUACACCGAAACCUUCCUGACCACCACCACCACCACCACCAAGACCACCACCACCACACGCAAGGCCUCCGCCAAGAAGGAUGCUUCCUUCCCAGCCCUGACGCCGUCCGCAAGUGCCCCGGCUCUGACCCCUGGUCUGGCUCCAGCCUCCAAGUCACCGCCGCUUCCGACCUUGACCCUGCUGCCCGCUCCACCGAUGGCCAAGAGCCCCAGUGAGAUCAUCACCCAAGCGAUCCCAGAGAGUCUCCGAGCAAUGAGUCCAGAGACGCAGCCGUCAAUCGGCCGUCCUCAGGAAGGCAGCUCGCGGGCCGAGGAUCUGGUGCUUGAGUCGCUAACCUACACACUGAUUGGUUCGUGGCUUCAAAAGUACAACAGGCGUGGCCGACUCUCGCGGCUUCGCUACUUCUGGGUGAACCCGUUCGCACGAACCCUUAACUGGGCCAACAAACCCCCCAACCAGGGCACCUACCACGUCGCAACCAAGACAGCAUACAUUUCGGGCGUGUGUCUGCCUGAGAACAUCCACGAGGCGCUUGCCGGGCCGUCGGUCCGCGACAGCGCUCCUGCCCAAGAACACGUCAUCCGCAUCCUGACCUCGGACAACUACGAAGUGCGCAUCCUGCCCACCAACUGGUUCGACUACCACCACUGGAUGCAGAGCCUCAAGUUCCUCUCCGAGAACGGCUCGCACGGCCUGCAGCCGCUGCAAGAGUCCGAUAUGGCUUCAAUCAGCGGCAAGCGUUUCAGUCGCGGCUCGUCGUUUAUCCGACGGUCGCUUCAGCGAGCCUCCAGCCUCUACUCAUCUCUGCAAGGCAGCACAAUCGAGGAGGAGCGGAUCAAGAGCCCUGCUCUCGCUCGGUCCGGCUCGGCCAUGUCCAACUACAGCCAAAGCGCCCCCAACAGCCCGCAGGGCUCGCAGAUGAGCCUGAGCCGGAAGCGCAGCUGGCUCGGCAGUGCCCAGACCAUCGCCUUUUCGCUGUGGAAGAGCCUGCCCAUCCGCCGACCCUCAACCCCCAGCUCGCCAUAGACAGCAUCUUGGCCCGCGAGGCCGACACCGAUCCCUAGACCAUUUUUGUGAUAUCACCGCGCACGAGGCAAAUCGCCCGCACGGACCCUUUUUGUUCCCGUUUUGCAUUUCCGAGAAUGAAACGCAACACCCUGCUUGCCCCCAGAGUCUCCGUGUGGGCAUCCGAGGCGACCCAGAGCUGCGCGGCGCCUUCGAGGAAGCCCAGGACCAUGCGCAGCAGCGGCUCAUGAUCAGUCACGUGUGCGUUUUCAGUCGGUCCUGAUCCGUUUUCAGGCGAGGGAACUGCCCCCGCCAUGACCAUUGCA